AAUCCGUUUAUCUCAAACUAAAAGCAAAAUGACCGAUGCUACACUAACCGAGCAGUGGAGCGACUUGCCGUUUAUGAUCAACGACGCUGACGACAUGAUCGUCUUCAACUCCCUGAACGACGCCGUUUCACACGGUUGGUCUCCAUCCGAUUACACAACACCAAAACCGGAACCAAACGACGGUCCAAACGCCGUCGUUUUGCCGCAUAAGGAGAAAAAUAAGAGCUUGGGAACGCACUACAGAGGAGUGAGGCAAAGACCGUGGGGAAAGUUCGCGGCUGAGAUUCGCGACCCGGCUCGGAACGGCGCGAGGGCGUGGCUCGGCACUUACGAAACGGCUGAGGAAGCCGCUUUGGCUUAUGAUCGAGCAGCGUUCCAGCUUCGCGGCUCUAAGGCUUUGCUGAACUUCCCGCACCGAAUCGGUUCCGGAGAUCCGCCUCCGGUCAGAGUCACGGCUAAGUACCGCAGUGGCGCGCCGCCAGCUACGGCUGUUAAUGGCGGCUCGCGCAAGAAACUGAAAGGACCCGCCGCAAGUGAAGUGUUGCCAGCUGGCGAGUAACUAUUGGUUAGUUUUUUAGGACUGAGGAUAAUUAAUUUAAGUGUAGUGGUAAAUUAUGUACCAAAAAAAAAUAAAAUAAAAAAUGUAGCGAUAAAUUAAGAUGAGAUGAGAUGGAUAUGUUUG